AUGAAUAUAUGGAGCAACUUAUUCUUCAAUAUAGAUGAAGAGCAAUUGAUAAAUAUCUAUAUUAGAAUCUUUCCCUUUCAUAAAUUGAUGAUUUACUUUAUAUUAUUACAAAUUUUGAUUGGGUCAAUCAAUUUAUUCUGUUUAAAUAAUGAAAUUUUGGGAGUUUUAGAGAUAUUUUUUUUUGCAAAUAUUGGUAUUGUUACAGCUUAUAUCCAAGUUCCUGUAUUUUACAUAAUUUAUUCUAUUGUAAGUAUUAUUGGCUGUUUAAUUCACUUUAAUAAUACCAGCUUUCGUAAUAUUACACUUUCAGAUUUGAAUAGUGUAAUUUGCAUAUCAGUAAUUAUUAAUCACUUGAGUUGCUCGAUAUUAUCUUUAAAGAUAUUUCUAAUAAUUAUAAACGGGAUUAAUUGGGAAUCGAAAUUUAUGUCAAUAUGUGGAAAUUUACAUAUCACAUAUAUUGGAUAUCCUAGGUUCAAUAACUCUUCAAGUAAUAUCGGCUAUUAUACUCCAUUAGAGGAAAGUUUUCAAAGUAAUGUUCUUAAAAAAUCAUCCAAUGCUUCUGAAUAUUGUGAUUGA